AACAUUGGAAUUGCGCUUGCUGGAGAUUUGUGCGCUACAUCGGGCGUGGUUACCAUUGUAUCAGUAUGGCAAGCAUAGCUGGGAAGCGAAUUCAGAAAGAACUAGCGGAACUAAUGAAGUCAGACGAAGCUGCUCAAAAUCAAUUAGAAAUAGAACCCAGCAGUAAUGAUAUGAUGCACUUACAUGGUCGUAUCAAAGGUCCACCGGACACGCCAUACGCUGGUGCAGAUUUCAAAUUAGAUAUUGUAAUUCCUGAAAACUAUCCAUUUGUUCCUCCAAAGGUUCAGUUUAUCACCAAGAUUUGGCAUCCUAAUAUUAGUAGUGCUACUGGUGUGAUAUGCCUUGAUGUUCUAAAGGACCAGUGGGCUGCUGCUAUGUCAUUACGUACUAUACUUUUGUCUAUACAAGCGUUAUUAGCUUCCCCAGAACCAGAUGAUCCACAAGAUGCAGUGGUAGCGAAUCAGUACAAGACAAGCAUAGAAGCUUUUAAUCGUACUGCACGCCACUGGGCAGCUAUCUAUGCCAAUGGACCUGGAUGUGAUCCUCAGUGUGUUGAUUUGGUGGGUAAACUUGUUCAAAUGGGUUUUGAUGAGCAUGAAGCUUGUCGAGCGUUAUCAAUGAAAAAUUGGGAUAUAGCCAUGGCAACAGAACACUUAAUUAAAUGAAUCAAAAAAAUAAAUAAAUAAAUAAAAGAAACGGGUGGUUAUAUUUAGUAGUUAUAUAAAUUAUUGUGUAACUAAUUGUUUGUUAUUGGUUGUACACAUGCACGCAUAUGCUUGUGCAUAUACGCUUCAUAUUUCUGUUUAUGCUCUAUCUCUUCGACUGUCUAUCUUCUAUUAUUUUCCUACACAUGCCUCCGCCUCCGGCCACCCCACCCCACACAUCCCUUACAUACACACACACACACUCACCCAUGCAACACAAGUUAUAAAGAAUAACUCUGAGGGGGAAUUGAUCAACUCUUCCAGUAUGUGUGGUGUGGCGGUAUAUCUCUUUGUAUAAAAUAAUAAUAAUAAUGAAUAAAAUAACAUCUACUUUUACUUGGAAGACCUUCAUCACGUUUUCCUGCUUUCUAACCAUCUUGGUUCUACAACCUAAUGUUGUUGUUGUCGUUAGUCUUGCCGAUGUUUAUGAUUUCAAUGGUACUGCUGCUUCUGGUGGUCGUGGUGAUGUUUUGAAAACGGUGUUUCCAUUUUUGGUUUUUAUGCCUAAUUUUCAUGUUGUCCCUGUUGUGUUUCUUCUCUCUCCUUUUCUUUGUUUCUUUGUGUGUGUGUGUGUGUGUUUCAUGUUUUCAGGUGAACCGUGAAUGAGAUCUGCUCUCUUUACCUUACACUUUUUGCAGCCUUGAACACAGACGAUGUAUAAUAUAAAAUUGGUA